AUUCCCAAGUCCCAAUGCCAAAAACCAAGACUUUGUUCUUCCAAACUUUAAGGAAUCCAUGGGACAUUCCCUUAGCAAACUAAGAAGACCCCAUCCUCAAACACAACUUCCUUCUCAAAAUAACUCAAUCUCAUCAUCUUCAUCAACCUUCAAUUCCAGCUUCAAUGGCGGUUCUACCGAAAACAUCUCCAUUCCAUCAUCACCAUCUUCUUCCAAUGCUGUUAAUGGAAAUACUUACGCUUUUGCAGCUAAUGCACCACGCCCUUCUGCAUCACCAAACUAUUACCACCACCCUCCUCCUCCAUAUUCUUCUUCUUCUCUUUCAAUGAUGGCUUCACCACCAUUUUGUUCAUUAACUCCACCUGUUUAUGUUGAUCACAAAACUGCCAAGAAGAUCAAGAAUGAUGUCAACAUUCACAAGGACACCAUUUCACUUUUCCUUGAUCAUAAUCACUUGGAUUCUCUCUUGCUUUCUUUCACUUUUGAUGCUCUUGUUGAUGGCAGCAUCACCAUAUUUUACUUUGCCAAGGAAGGACUUAACUGCAAUUUCAUGCCAAUGUAUCCUGAAAUUUAUAUGCCUAAGACCAUUCCAUUCCAGAAAGGAUUGGCUCAAAAAUUCUAUCAGCCUUCAGGAACCGGGAUCGGCCUAGGUUUCUUCGAAUUCAAUCUUCUUUCAAGACUCUCAAAGGAAGAAGAUGACAUUUGCCCACUUGUUAUAUCUGCAGAAACAAGUUUUCCAUCUUUCAUGUCAACUGCAGAUUUUGAGCAGCCUCCACAUGCACAAAUCACUCAAGCUGUUUUGAAGCUCAAUGACGAAGGCCAUUUCGAAGUGAAAGUAAUCAAACAGAUAUUGUGGAUCGAAGGGAUUCGAUAUGAGCUUAGGGAGAUAUAUGGGAUUGAGAAUUGUAAUGAACAAGGUGUUGAGGAUGAUAGUGAGUCAUUUGGAACAUGUGUGAUAUGCAUGACUGAACCAAAAGAUACUGCUGUUUUGCCUUGUCGGCACAUGUGUCUGUGCAGUGAGUGUGCUAAACAAUUGAGGCUGAAAUCGAAGAGGUGUCCGGUAUGCCGGCAUUCGAUCCAGGAACUAAUAGAGAUCAAGAUCGAAAAUCAACUAAGCAAAGCAUUUUUAGAAGCCCACAAAACUCACCUGUUGGACAGUGUUUAUAAACAGCUUUGAAGCAUUUAUUAGUUUAUAUGCUUGAGAUUGAUGGUAUAUUUGCAUAAACUAGCAAAGCAAAAGAAAACUAUAGAAACUUGGUUUAUCGAGUUGGUUUAUA